AUGGUGUUAUGGCAUGUUAAACGUAGACUUAAGACUAAUCCUCAUGGACAUGGUGGAUAUAUUAGCAUUGUUACCAUCUCACCAGAUGGAUUAUUGCAUAUCUGGUGGAAAGAUGGUGAUGCGAUGUUAUGGGGUUUGAAUGAGGAUGCAGAUGAUAUAAUGAAUGCUUUAGUAUUUAGUCCGGAUAGAUAUUGGUUGUGUGCUGCUACUUCUUGUAUUAAAAUUUGGGAUCUGGAAACUAAAAAAGUUAUCGGUGAUUUAAAACCUGAUUUUAUGGAUAUUGGUAGAUUCCGAGUCAAGGUUAGAGUUCGGGAAACUUUAUAA